AAAGUCACCAACUAAGACCACCAAGGCAGCUGCAAAGCAAGAUGAUAGUACAAUGAAGAAACAAACUAGGUUAGGCCUAGAAGCUAAGAAGGAAGAAAAUCUUUCUGAUUGGUACUCUCAGGUCAUCACAAAGUCAGAGAUGAUUGAAUACUAUAAUGUCUCAGGAUGUUACAUUUUGAGGCCUUGGUCAUAUGCCAUUUGGGACUUCAUUAAAGAUUUCUUUGACAAAAAGAUCAAGGACUUAGGUGUGGAGAAUUCAUAUUUCCCUAUCUUUGUGUCUCGUGAUGCCUUAGAAAAGGAGAAGACCCAUAUUGCAGACUUCUCACCUGAGGUAGCUUGGGUAACAAGGUCAGGAUCAAGUGAAAUGGCAGAACCUGUUGCCAUCCGUCCCACUUCUGAGACUGUCAUGUAUCCUUUUGCUAAGUGGAUCCAGUCUCACCGUGAUCUACCAAUGCGUCUCAAUCAGUGGAAUAAUGUUGUACGCUGGGAGUUCAAACAACCAACACCUUUCUUAAGGACUCGUGAGUUCCUGUGGCAGGAGGGACACUCUGCCUUUGCAUCUAAACCUGAAGCUGAGGAGGAGGUUUACCAGAUUCUAGAUUUCUAUACCCAAGUCUAUGAAGAAUUGUUGGCUGUACCUGUUGUGAGAGGCAAGAAGACAGAGAAAGAGAAAUUUGCUGGAGGUGACUUCACCACAACCACAGAGGCUUUUAUUUCUGCAAGUGGUAGAGCAAUUCAAGGAGCUACAUCUCAUCAUUUGGGACAAAACUUCUCUAAAAUGUUUGAGAUAGUGUUUGAGGAUCGAGACAAAGCAGAAGAAUAUGUUUACCAAAACAGCUGGGGUCUUACAACUCGUACCAUUGGUGUAAUGGUAAUGGUUCAUGGUGAUAAUAAGGGAUUGGUGCUACCCCCAAGAGUUGCCACCGUUCAGGCAGUUAUCAUGCCUGUUGGAAUCACAGCCAAAUCCACAGAAGAAGAUAAGACCAACUUGAUUGCAGCUUGUCAAAAACUGGUGGAAGACCUGAAGACUUGAGUUCGAGCACGCUGUGACAUGCGAGACAAUGUGACUCCAGCAUGGAAGUUCAACCACUGGGAGUUGAAAGGUGUUCCUCUGAGACUGGAAUUAGGCCCUCGAGAAGUAGCAGCAGGCGAAGUUUUUGCAGUGCGUCGUGACACGGGGGAGAAGAAGGCUGUGAGCCGUGCAACUGCUGGGAAGGAAAUCAAUGCAUUACUCGACAAUAUCCAGUCAAGCCUCUUUAACCGAGCAAAGGCAGAUCUUGAUUCCCAUAAGAUUCAGGUAACCUCAUGGAAUGAUUUCACUGGCAAUCUGGACAAGGGUAAUAUUUUACUUGCACCCUUCUGUGGCCGUGAAGAAUGUGAGGAUGCCAUCAAGAAGGAUUCUGCUCGAGAGGAAGCACUUGAGCCAGGAGCACCAGCAAUGGGUGCAAAGGGGCUCUGCAUUCCUUUCGAAACAGCCGGGAGAUGUGAGUGGCCUCUCAUGUAUCUACCCCUCUUGCAAGGAAAAGCCACAGGCAUAUACCCUGUUUGGUCGGUCUUUAUUAAACACUGGCCCAUGUUCAACUGAAUUUUUAUCAUG